CUCUGAGUCUCCGAUACGGUGCUUGUCCUGGGUAUCUCCUCUACAGCCACCAACGCCGCCGCCGCCGCGGGGUCAGAGAGGAUAUCAAGAUGACAAAUGUGACCGAGGACUUGGCGCCUGCCGCACAUCACAUCGGCCCUCCAGUGUUCACCAUCCUUGUCAUGGUGGUCACCUUUCUUCUGGGAGUUCCCGGGAACUUGAUGGUCAUUUGGAUCACCUCUUGGAAUAUGAAGUGGACGGUGAACACCGUCUGGUUUUGGAACCUUGCUUUGGCCGACGUCACCUGCUGCCUUUUUCUUCCGUUGUCCAUCGCUCAGUUCUUCUACGAGGAUUGGCUGUAUGGCCCCGCUCUCUGCAAAGUGGUACCUGGCAUGGUUCACCUUACCAUGUUUGCCAGUGUCUUCACCCUGGUGGCCAUUAGCAUUGACCGAUGCCUUCUGGUUGUCCAACCCGUGUGGGCUCAAAAUAAGCGCAGCUUACGAAUGGCGUGGGCCUUAUGCGGGGUUAUUUGGGUGUUGUCCUUCUUGAUGUGUCUACCUGUUUACCUGCACCGAAAAAUGUUCAGACAUGAUAACAUUCUUUAUUGUGAUUAUGAUAUUAAUGAGCAAUCACACAAUGUUGGCAUAGAUGAGGAUUAUGACUACGGUUUAUUACAUUCAAACCAUUCUUCAUUGAAUUACGGUACAGAAGAGGACCUUUUAUUGAAUUAUGGUACAGAAGAGGACCUCACCAUGGACAACGACCCACUGCAGUCUUUGCGCGUCACAAUUACUUACACACGCAUGGUUUUUGGUUUUCUGAUCCCUCUCUUAAUUGUUUCCACCAGCUACACCCUACUGGCUCUUAAGAUUAAAAACAUCCGACUUUUCAAGGUCGGCAAGAAAACCACCAAGGUGGCUCUUGGCAUCGUGGUUGCGUUUUUUGUCACAUGGGCCCCCUACCACAUACUAGGCGUGCUCGCGCUCUACUUUGAUAAUCAGUUUUUGGAAAUACUGGACGGUCUAUCAGUGGCAUUGGCCUACUUCAACAGCUGUAUCAACCCGAUCCUCUACGUCUUCAUGGGGAAUGAUAUGAAGGGCCGGGUGCACCAGUCCGUACGCAGGGUCAUGCAAAAUGCCCUCAGCGAAGAGCUCUCUCGAAGUACUGAGCGCACCAAGAGCAGACUCACAACGGAAGACAGCCAGGCUCUCUGAGCUCAAUUACCAAUGGAAUAUUUUAACACCUUUAGCUGCUUUACCAUUUGUAGCGCUCACCCCCCGUAGGGGCGGCUGGUUUGCUUCAGGUUCUUUUACCCAAAGUGGUGCAACAGCAGCCAGGCACACAGCAACAUCCACUCUUUUGGUUCAAUGAACAAUCUAUGGGUUGCCUUUUUUUAUUUUAGUUCCGGAUAACUUGGGUAGGGCAUAGGUGCACCAUCCAGCCCUCGCCAGGGAUCGACUGGCCAUCGGGACUACCGGGAGUUUCACGGUGGGCCGAUGGCUCAGUGGGCCGGCUUCAGUGACAGCGGACAGCCGCACCCCUCCGCUCCUCUGUCUCUCCCUCCCCGCAGCGCUUACCUCCUCUCCCUGGCUAGUUAACUUCAGCGUGACUGAAUACAGACACGCUCCUCGGGAGUCGCACUGAGAAGCUCAUCAUACGAUCCGGAAGGACGACGGCCGCACACAGCUGUGACAUAAGCUUCCUCGGCACUCGUUCCCCUGGUCUUUCCUUCCCCCCGCUCUCCAACGCCGCGGAGAAUCUAUAUGGAGA